GAUUUACUUAGUUGUCCUCUUGAACAAGUAAGUGGCUGCUUUCGAUAUAUAAGCACUACAAUACAGUAAGAUCACUUUUUGUUGCUGGGAAGUUCUAGAACGCUACAAAAUGAAAUCCUUCAUUGUUUUUGUAUGUCUGGUAGUAUGCGGUACCACCUUGAGUGUACCAUCACCAGCCCAUUCUCAAAUUUCCAAUGAGCGAACCGAACUUGAUCUUUCUUUCAUCAAAGAACACUUCGACAACUUCGUGGCGUUCUUGAAGCAAUAUGAUCCGGUUGAUAUUAAGAACCAAACACUUUUCGACAUGUUUGGUAUGUACGUGAAUGUCAAUAACCUCCACGUCGAAGGUUUCUCAAACAUGCUCGCCGAUUUAUCAGUCGACAUCGGUUUUCCAGUAAGCACGGUGAAGUUGGAGUUUGGUUUACCAGAAAUUGUAGCAGUAGUUGAACGUUUCGACUGUAACAUUCCAUGGAUAUUCUCGCAAGGCAGUGCAGGGUUUAACUUGAAGGACGGUCACGUUUCCGUUAAUAUCGGUUACGAUUUGUUUGGCGGAUUGAAACCAACCCAGGUGAUAACCUCAAUUGGAAGCGCUGAUUUUAAAAUUACUGGAAUCCAUUACGAUGAGGAAUUGAGUAAAACCGUAAGCGACGCAGUAAAUCACUUCUUAAACAGCGUUGUGAACAGUCCCGAAACCCACAAUCUUCUCGGAACCGUGGUGGAUUAUAUCAUUAAAGGCAUUUUAGGUUUCAAAACGAAUAACUAAACUGCUUUAAUUGUAAAUUGUACAUAUUUUUUUGCACUUAAUAAAUGUAUCCAAUCGUCGAGUGAUCGUUCGGA